AUGGAGUCUGCGCACAGGAAAAUCGAGCUGCAGUCCCACGAGGACCUCGCGUUCCUCCUCAACAACGUCCGACGCGCCGCGCAGGACCAGCUCGACAAGGCGUUCCCGCAUAUUGAGGGGAGUAAUGCGCAGGAGGAUGAAUUGCGGACGCCUAUUGAGCGUCUCGUGAACGAGUACAUCAACAAAACCUUCACCUAUGCCGGCCCGAACCUUUCCAUAAACGGCCUCGACGCCGACCCUGCCACCUUCCUCUCAACCAACCCCUCCGACGAGCCCGAAGAGGCCUACGAGCCCUGGGACGCCCGCCUCCGUCAGCGCGUCGAAGACCUCGCCCGCGAGGAGGAGGACCUCCUCAACGAGAUCGCCGCCCUGAAAAAGUCUGUCCCCGGCGCCGUCGCCGCCGCAGCGACGCACGACUUCAAGACCGCCGCCGCGGCGGAUGAGGCCGCGCUCGAUGCCGCCAAGAAGGCAAAAGAGGACGAAGCGAGGGAGAUCGAGGCCGAGGUUCUCCCGCUCGAGGAGAUGGAGAGGAGGGACGAGGUCAAGGAGGCCUUUGGGGGCGCAGUUGGGGCACUGGGGAGGCUGAAGAAGGAGAUGCCCGCUACGGUCGCCAAGAUGGAGAGGGCGAGGGUCGCGGGAGAGUAUACCGUGACGGAACGAUCGUAA